AUGAAGUCCCUUCUUGCCGUUGGGCUUGUCCUCGUGGGAAUUUCCACGUCUCUCGUUGAUGGAGCAGCUCUUCGUGCAGAGCGCCUAGCCCUUCCUGUUACUGAGGUUGAGCGAAGCGCCGAGCCGGAUGUCGUUGAUCUUGAGCAACGCCAAACUUGCGUCCAUGGGCCUACCAACCGUGGCUGCUGGACUGGGGGUUUCAGCAUCAACACUGAUCAGUACACAUCCUGGCCUAACACCGGCAGGACUGUCCAGUAUGACUUGAGCAUUCGUAACACUACUUGCAACCCUGAUGGCCACGGUGCACGGGUAUGCAUGCUCAUCAACGGGAAAUAUCCCGGUCCUCUCAUUACUGCCAACUGGGGUGAUACCAUUCGUGUGACUGUUCGAAACUUUCUGCAGCACAACGGAACGUCGAUUCAUUGGCACGGCUUCCGCCAGCUCAACUCUGUCUCUCAAGAUGGCGCUAACGGCGUCACGGAAUGUGCCCUUGCUCCUGGUGAUUCUAAGACAUACCAAUUCCGGGCCACGGAAUAUGGAACUAGCUGGUAUCACUCUCAUUUCAGCAACCAGUACGGCGACGGUGUAGUCGGGCUCAUCCAAAUCAACGGACCUGCCACUGCCAAUUAUGACAUCGAUCUCGGCCCUUACGCGAUUACAGACUGGUACUAUAUCACAUCAUUCCAGGCUGCUGCUCGCGCAUUCAAUGGUGGUUUGGGUGGUGCUCCACCAACCGGCGACAAUAUCUUGAUCAACGGAACGAACAAGAAUGCCAAUGGUGGUGGAAACUACAACCGCGUCACGCUUACUCCUGGCAAAAAGCAUCGCCUCCGAAUUGUGAACACUGCUGUCGACGCCACUUUCCGCGUCUCCCUUGAUGGUCAUCCUUUCCAGGUCAUUGCGCACGACUUCGUCCCCCUUGUGCCGUACACGACCAAUUACCUUCAGGUCGGCAUCGGUCAGCGGUACGAUGUCAUCAUCACAGCCGAUAAGGGCUCCGGUAAUUUCUGGUUCCGCGCGGAUGCGGAUGGUAACUGCCAGAGCGUAAACAACGGUACGGGUCGAUCCAUCUUCACCUAUCAGGGCACAGUUGUCGCAGACCCGACCACUGCUGCGGCUCCCAAUCCCCCUACUGGCUGUCUGAACAACCCUGUCGCGACACCCAAGACCGUGAAGAACGUUCCUAGCACGCAGUUCGCUACCCAAGCCCAAAAUCUACCCGUCAGUUUUGGGCCUGUCAAUUCCAACGGCCAGAACUUGGUGCUUUGGACAAUCAACGGCACUUCCAUGAUCAUUGAUCCCGGAAAGCCCACCCUCAAGUACGUUGCGGAGAACAACAACAGCUUCCCCGCGUCAUACAACGUUGUCUCCGUCUCUCCCACCGCUACCGUAAGUUGGACCUUCUGGGUCAUCCAGCAAGCCGCGGGGGCUCCACCCAUUGCGCACCCCAUCCAUCUUCACGGCCAUGAUAUGUACAUUCUCGGCACCGGCACCGGGACUUUCUCUGCCAACGCCAACCUCGCACAGCUGCAGUUCAACAACCCGCCCCGCCGUGACGUCGCCUUCCUUCCUGGAGGUGGUUGGCUCGUUAUUGCCUACCCAACCGACAACCCGGGUGCCUGGCUCAUGCACUGCCACAUUGCGUUCCACGUUUCCAUGGGUUUGAGCGUGCAGUUCCUUGAGCGCAAGUCCCAAAUCCCCCUCCCGCCUAUCAAUUCUGAGUGGUACAACACGUGCCGCAAUUGGAACAACUAUCAAGCGAACCGUCCCGUCUACCCCCAGGAUGAUUCUGGUCUGAAGAAGAGGUGGCCCCCUGCCGUUGAAGAUUACGCCAGUAGACUCCUAUAAAGGGCGACAUGGACCUCACGGUGGAUAUUGAGGCAUUACGCCCUUACCAAGAUUGUUGUUCGUACUGUUGCUGCUGUCGCUGUUGUUGCAGCUUGGCGAGGAGGGAAAGGGGGACUUCAUCGUUGCCGAUGUGGACCCGCAGGAGACCUUUUCUCGUAUAUGCUUUGUCUUUUGUUUGUUCGUUUCGUCACUCGUUUGUUUGGCUUCUUUUCCUAUUUCUUUCCUUCGUCCUCUUCCCAUGAUCUCUCCUGCGUCUCGUCGCUCGCUAAGUCUCGCUGGUUCUGAUUUUUUCACUUCAGUUGUAUAUACUUCUCGUCCGUUCCAGGAUCGAUGCAAAGUUCCUUUAGGCCAAACUUCAAUCUCGUCCUGGACC